CCAUUAUAAUUAGAAGCAUAGUCAUCAAAAGCAAAUAAAAAUGGCACAAUUAAGAAAAUUGGAGGGACAAGUAGAGGUGAAUUGCUCAGCAGAAAAGUUAUUUAAGAUGAACAUGGCUAAACAACCCAACAUUCCCAACAUAUGUUUUAACAUGUGUAGGGUUGAAGCUCAUCAAGGCGAUUGGGAAAGGGUUGGUAGCACCAGAAGAUGGGACUAUAACAUUGAUGGAAAGUCACAAUAUCUGAUAGAGAGGAUUGAAAUAAAUGAUGAGAAGAACAAGAUUAUACAUCGUAGAGCGAUCGAUGGAGAUAUAAUGAAAAAUCAAUACAAAACAUUUGCAAGCACAUUGUGUGUAAUCCCAAAGGGAAAUUCAUGUUGUGUGGUGAAAAUUAGUCUAGAGUAUGAGAAGAUGAAUGAAGAUGCACCAGAACCUCAUCAAUUGCUGCAAUUUGGACUUGUUAUAUUCAAGGAUCUCGCUUCUCACCUAUCGAAUGUUAAUUGAAUUAACUAUGUCUUGACGACUUAGCCUAAUGAUUAAGACUGGGAGCUUGGUUAGAAUUAUACAAUAGAUCAAGAUUUAAAUCUCCCUUAAUUUUAUAUUUGCCCUUAUAGCUCAUUCGGCAAAAGAAAAGCAUAUUAAGGACAACAAAUUAAAGCCACCAUUAUAUUGUCCUAGUUAUGUGAGCUUUUUACUCAAUAAUUAAGUUUAUAUACAUGUACUCUCCAUUUUUUUUAAAAUAGAAACUUAUAUACAACGACAUUAUGUGUAACACCAAGGUUAUAUUCUUACCAAAUAGUUACUCGUUGUAAUCAAAUAGUUAUGUAUUUUAAUUAAAUAGUUAAAAUAAUUUUUUAGAAGAAAUUAAAUAGUUA